AUGUGCGAGCGUCAAGCAAGUGACAAAGAGCGAAAUGCAAAACAACCAAAAAGCGAACGCAACGAGUCUACAAGAGAAACAAAUGCAGCGGGCGCAACAACACUAAAUGUAAUUGAAUCAAAAGCGGCUGAUGUUUUUCUCCAAACAGCAAAAGCAAUAAUUAGCGAAGUGAAUAGCGGGCAUAGCGUAAUCUCUAGAAUUAUUAUGGAUAAUGGGAGUCAGAGAACUUAUAUAAGCGAAAAAUUAUCGGAGGAGCUUAAGCUUCCCAACUGUGGCUUUGAGAACAUUCAAAUUAUUGCAUUUGGUAACAAAAAAGCAAAAAAAGCAACUCAGUUGAAAAGCGUAGAACUUUCAUUACGAAGCCGUUAUAAUGAUAAAGUGGAAAAAAUAAAAGCGAUAGUUGUACCUACUAUCUGUGCUAAUAUUUUGCCAGUACCCAAAUUUAUAAAUAAGCAGUUUAGAAACAUCCAAAUAGAGUUAGCAGAUUGUGAAAUAGGCAAGGAGAAAUUAGUUGACGGCAUUAAUGUUUUGAUUGGGCAAGACUAUUACUGGAGGUUUAACUACGGAGAAUUUGAACGACUACAAGACAAUUUAGUUGCCAUAAAAACAUUCUUUGGGUGGACUAUUCAAGGCAGUUCUGGUAACAAAUGUAAUACAGUGGCGUGCAAUUUGGUAGUGAUUGAUUGA